AUGGAGAGUCUAAUGUUUCUAACAAUCGCACUAAUUGCUAACUUUUAUGUUUUCGGGAGUUCAGUCCUGUCUCCGACUCCAUCAUCUUCACCGUCCAGUAUAACACACAUAAUAAGCACACCAUCGACACAGACUACCUCUGCCACGACCACAGCAUCAUCCCCAUCAAAACCAGCUCUCCACACAACCGUCACAGCAAGUGCACCAUCAGCAUCUACUGCUGUUGCAACAACAGGAACAGUUUCGUCGUCGGCCACUACUGUCAGUGAAAAAACUUCUUUCUCCUCACUGCUAUCAUCAUUCAACAGAUCAUCUUCUGUCGUCAUGGAGACAACAACGCAGCUCUCGUCAGGAAAAAAUUCAGAAAGACGGACAGAAGACCUUGAUGUACAGAAACUGGGCGCCUCAGUCGCAGGCGCAGCAGCAGGCCUCUUUCUUUUCAUAAUCAUCACCGCCAUAUGCGUCCGGCGGAAACAAAGGAUCAAGAGGAAGAACAAGAUUACACUGGACGAAGAGACUUGUGUUUCAAAUGUUACCCUCGGGGUCGCGAACACAGGCUACGGUCUCAUCAGUUUUGAGAGCUCGGAAUUCACCUUUUCUGAAAGGGACGCCACGGAAGAUCUGCCAGCCCAGUUUCUUCGGUUCCAAGACAAAAAAAUGACAACUUUUUCCAGAAACAGUCUGGAGCCUUACGUGGAAGAUUAAACCCACGCUGUUUACCACGCCCGUGUAUUGUCAUAAGCUUGCUAGUAGUGGACUCCGAGGUGGCAAAGUCUAGUUUUCUAUGACUCGAAAUUUUGUGAAAAAAAGGUCAAUGUCGCCGAGUAUUACAUCGUCACAGUUCGCCUGGAAUGAAGCAUAGUCGUCAGAGAUCGCUGUAUUCGUGGGAUUCAUGCUUCUGGACACGUCUGACCGCGGGAGCUAUGAGAAUAUGCUGUGUAGUGGCCGUCAUUUGUGUGUCAGAGUGAGAGAUCACACACCCGUACAAACUGCACAUUUGCGUAAUUUAAGCCUAAAGAAAUCUGUUCCAUUUGUUGAAACUUCAGAUGUACAUGCAAAAAAAUGAAUUUAAAAAAGUGUAUAGGUUUUAUUUGAAAAUAAAAGUUGUAUCCAUGGUA